ACUGUGUAUUUAUCUAUAUUGUCUAUUUAUCAUUGUGAGGUCGCUUUAGCCAUAAUUAUGUAUUUUGCCUUUGCUGUAGAAAUACAAAGGUAAAGCUUUACUGGAUGCAGAGUUUAAAAGAUGAGAUGACUGAAAGUACAUAUGAGUAUUUUUUAUUAAAAAGUAUUUGUUUAUGGAGGCCGAAGUUCGGAAAGGGAGCUGCCCCAGGCUGUGAUUGGAGGAAGCGGUGCCACGUGCACCCUCCCCUACUACACCAACUGCUGAGAUCUUGACUUGAAACAUUUAGCAAGUGACAUUGUGUCUCUUGCAGUCCAGCGCUGAAAGACUGGAAGCGCUGAGUGGACCAAGUUGGUACAGGACCAAGAAGCCAAACAUUGACUGCAGGCUCGACUCUGUUUUGGACAGGUGAGGUGGUUUGGAGACCAUAUUUGUGACUUUAGACCUAGGUUGUGAGGCGGAGGGUCACGAUGGCAGUGAGCGGGUUUGACAUUGACGUGCCAAGGUGGGAUCAGUCCACGUUUAUGGGAAGAUUAAAGCACUUUGCCAACAUCACAGACUGGAGGACAGCACUACUGCCGGACUCACGACUGGAUGAGGCUAAAGCACUGGUGGAGAGCUGCAGAGCGGGGUCCGUUCCCCCCGGCACCACAGAGGAACAGCUGCUCUACGCCAAGAAGCUCUAUGACUCUGCCUUUCACCCUGACACUGGCGAUCGCAUGAACCUGAUUGGUCGAAUGUCUUUCCAGGUGCCCGGAGGGAUGGCCAUAACGGGCGGUAUGCUACAGUUCUACAGGACAGUCCCUGCUGUAGUGUUCUGGCAGUGGGUGAAUCAGUCGUUUAAUGCUCUGGUCAACUACACCAACAGAAAUGCUGCUUCCCCCAUCACACCCAAUCAAAUCGGAGUAGCCUAUUUAACAGCAACUAGCACUGCUCUAGCCACUGCUGUGGGACUUAACUUCUACACAAAGAGGGCCCCUCCGCUGGUGGCGCGCUGGGUUCCGUUUGCAGCCGUGGCGUCCGCUAACUGUGUCAAUAUUCCAAUGAUGAGGCAACAGGAGCUCCUGAAUGGCAUAGCUGUAACAGAUGAGAAUGGAAACAAACUUGGCCAUUCCAAGAAAGCAGCUGUGAAGGGCAUCACCCAGGUGGUCAUUUCCCGAAUUACCAUGGCAGCACCGGGCAUGAUCAUUCUCCCCGUCAUCAUGCAGAGACUUGAGAAAUUCAAGUUUAUGCAGAGGAUCACCUUCUUCCACGGACCUUUACAAGUCAUAAUGGUGGGAGCGUUCCUGGUCUUCAUGGUGCCUGCAGCCUGCUCCCUGUUCCCUCAGCAAUGCUCCAUGGCUGUGUCUAAGCUGGAACCAGAGCUAAGGGAGUCCAUCUUGUGUCAUUACGGGGACAGUGUACAAUACGUCUACUUCAACAAGGGCCUAUGAACACACGCACACUUGCCUUCUUAAUCAUUGUCCAAUCAGGGAGAGCAUCUGAAAGUUUUUAUAGAUGAGCCAAUCAGCAUCUUCGGUUCAUAGGAUAAAUAGCUUUCUCCUUGUUUGUCUUUAUUUUCAAAGAAUCUUUGUAAUUCUAAGGGAGAUGUUCAAAUGUGUUUGAAUUCUCUUUUUGUACCACAAACCACCUUUUUAUGCGAGUAAAGUACAUGUUGGAUAAAAAAAAA